AUGCCGACUGUUGUGAUGGACUCCUUGCACCGCGGUGUCGUCGCGUCUGCCUGUAUCACUUGGAACACUCUAAAAGUGUUCAAUGCAACAGAAGCAGUGUUCGACUUUGCUUCUAACAAUUCAGCUCCGCAACUUCUUUACGCGUACGUAGAGAUUAUAGACAUUGGCGGAGACCUUGUAGAUAUCUAUCAUCUCAUAACGCUCAAUGCGAACCGCACAAUUCAGACAGGUGUAGUGGAAGGCACACGGCCAGCUCAUCCAACGCGACUAUCAUUCGAGUGGCAGCUGUUAUGUGACGACGACUGGUUUGGCGAUGACUGUGGAUUAUACUGUAUUGCUCAGAACACGGCGUUUGCUCAUUACACUUGCAACCAAACAACAGGCGACAAGAUAUGCAAUGACGGAUACGAAGAUCCGAGCACCAACUGCACCAGAGACCUAGACGAGUGCACGUCCAACCCAUGCCAGAAUGGUGCGACAUGUCACAACUGCAUCAAUCACUACGCCUGUACUUGCGAGGUGGGAUACACCGGAGAACACUGCGCUACAAAAGAGCCUAUCUUCUACUCUUGCGUAACAACAGAGCCACCAACGACAGAGCUGGUCACUACACAAGUAGCGACAACGAAAUCUCCAACCACAAAUGCGCCAACAACAGCAACCACAAAUCGUCCGACGACUAACCAACUGACGAACAACCAAGCGACGACCGACCAGCCGACGACCGACCAAGCGACGAUCGACCAACCGACGACCGAUCAACCGACGACUAAUCAACCAACCACAAAACGUUCAACUACAAGUGCAACCAUGCAACAACCUACAGGAGACAGCAAGAUGGGGGGAGAGAAAAAAACGAUAUGCAAGAAAGGAUAUUCCUACACGACGCUCGGUGUUUCCGUUGCAAUCGCUGCCGUUCUCUCGCCAUGCAUCACCUUGGUCUUGCAAAUGUGCGUGAAAGCGACACGUAAAGCAAGUAUUCAUCCAGCAAACAUACAAGCAAAAUCAUGA